GCUUUCGUUGCCUCUCUCUUCAAACCAGUGGCUACACUUACUCAACAUAGUACGUCUUCAAUCAUUUCUUCUUCUUCUUCCCCAAAAUCUCUUUCUCAGUUCUCUAGGGUUUUCAAUAUUCACACGAAAGCUAAUGGCGAUCAACGAUCAGUUUCCUAGUGGGUUAAGAAUUCUCCUUGUAGACGAUGAUACUUCAUGCUUGUUCAUUCUCGAGAAGAUGCUUCUCCGUCUCAUGUACCAAGGUCUAAUUCUUUAUCAAAGUUCCCACCUUUCCAUAGAUUUUCUCAAGAAAGUUCACAUUUUUCUUCUUUUUGUAGUUACAAUUUGCUCACAAGCUGAUGUUGCGUUAACCAUUCUAAGAGAAAGAAAAGACUCUUUUGAUUUGGUUCUAAGUGAUGUUCAUAUGCCUGGUAUGAAUGGUUACAAACUUCUUCAACAAGUUGGUCUUCUUGAAUUGGAUCUUCCUGUUAUUAUGAUGUCUGUUGAUGGAAGAACAACUACAGUCAUGACUGGAAUCAACCAUGGAGCUUGUGAUUAUCUAAUUAAACCAAUUCGUCCUGAAGAGCUUAAGAACAUUUGGCAACAUGUUGUUCGAAGGAAAUGUGUAAAGAAGAAAGAGCUUCGAAAUUCUCAAGCUUUGGAGGAUAACAAGAACAGUGGUAGUCUAGAGACGGUUUUUUCGGUUAGUGAAUGCUCAGAGGGAAGUUUGAUGAAACGUAGGAAGAAGAAGAAGAAGAAGAGGAGUGUUGAUAGAGAAGAUAAUGAGAAUGAUCUUGAUCUUCUUGAUCCUGGAAACUCGAAGAAGUCACGCGUUGUUUGGUCUAUUGAAUUGCAUCAACAAUUCGUUAAUGCCGUUAACAAACUUGAAAUUGACAAAGCUGUACCAAAGCGGAUUCUCGAGUUGAUGAAUGUUCCCGGUUUAAGCAGAGAAAACGUUGCUAGUCAUUUGCAGAAAUUCCGAAUGUAUUUGAAGCGAUUAAGCGGUGAAGCUUCGCAGAAUAAUGACACGGAGUCAAUCAAAAGAUAUGAAAACAUUCAAGCUCUGGUUUCCUCAGGACAAUUACAUCCACAGACAUUAGCUGCAUUGUAUGGUCAACCAAUAGAUAAUCAUCACUCUGCUAGUUUUGGAGUUUGGAUUCCUAAUGAUGAUCAUCUUGGUAGAUCUCAAAAUGAACACUUUUCGGUUGAUGUAUCAUCCGCUUCUAACCGUCCUGUUUCUGUGGCGGUACAUGGUCUAUCUUCCUCAGCAAAUUUCAGACAGAGAGGUGAUGUUAACAACAACACAGACCACAGAAUCACACAAGGGUAUGGAUCAAUUGUUAAUGAAGAAUCUUGGAUCUUGGAAAGAUCUUCAAGACAACGAUAUUGAACAUCAUGAAUUGGCUUAAGAAGAGGAAGCUUCUCGUAUUGGUUCUGAAACUGUUUGGAUUAAAGUCUAAAGUAAAGUUGUGUGUCUGCAAUGUUAGCUUAGGACAAGUCAUGUAUUUGUAAUUUGCUAGUUGCUAUUAAUGGGAAAGUAAUUAUGUUACCAAUCCUAAA